UGUUUUCUGUUUACAAGCCUGAAGAUGGCUGCUGCCUCCUCCUGCAGCGUGGAAGAGGAUGAAAGCCUGAAGGGAUGUGAACUCUAUGUCCAGAAGCACAACAUCCAACAGAUUUUAAAAGAGUGCAUUGUAAACCUUUGCAUAGCAAAGCCAGACCGACCCAUGAAGUUCCUCAGAGAACACUUUGAAAAAUUAGAAAAGGAAGAAUGCAAACAAAUACUGGCUCGGCAGAAAUCCAGUUCCCAGUCUGAUUCUCAUGACGAUGAGAUUUCUCCUCCUCCUCCCAACCCAGUGGUAAAAGCCCGACGCAGGAGAGGGGGGGUCAGUGCAGAAGUGUACACUGAGGAAGAUGCUGUUUCUUACGUCAGAAAGGUUAUUCCAAAGGACUAUAAAACUAUGACUGCUCUGGCAAAGGCCAUCUCCAAGAAUGUGCUCUUUGCUCACCUCGAUGACAAUGAACGAAGUGACAUAUUCGAUGCCAUGUUCCCCGUCACACACAUUGCAGGAGAAACAGUCAUACAACAGGGUGAUGAAGGAGACAACUUUUAUGUGAUUGACCAAGGCGAGGUGGACGUUUAUGUCAAUGGGGAGUGGGUCACCAGCAUCGGAGAAGGAGGCAGCUUUGGGGAGCUGGCAUUGAUCUAUGGAACACCCCGGGCUGCCACUGUCAAGGCCAAGACAGAUCUCAAGCUCUGGGGCAUCGACAGAGACAGCUACAGACGCAUUUUAAUGGGCAGCACACUGAGAAAGCGCAAGAUGUAUGAAGAGUUCCUGAGCAAGGUCUCCAUUUUGGAGUCCCUGGACAAAUGGGAGCGGCUGACAGUGGCUGAUGCACUGGAACCUGUCCAGUUUGAAGAUGGAGAGAAAAUUGUGGUGCAGGGAGAGCCUGGUGAUGAUUUCUUCAUUAUUACAGAGGGCACAGCUUCUGUCCUGCAGCGCAGGUCUGACAACGAGGAGUACGUUGAAGUUGGAAGACUUGGUCCAUCAGAUUAUUUUGGUGAGAUAGCCUUACUGCUCAAUCGGCCCCGGGCUGCCACCGUGGUGGCACGUGGACCCCUGAAGUGUGUGAAGCUGGAUCGGCCCCGCUUUGAACGAGUGCUGGGUCCUUGCUCUGAAAUCCUCAAGAGAAACAUUCAGAGAUACAACAGUUUCAUUUCCAUCAGCGUCUAAAAUGAUCCUUCUGGAAAGCUGCCUUCGUGUGACCUUGUGCACUUAAAUUUGCUCUGUGCAGCUCUGUAGUUUCAUGAAGAAAAAAAAAUAAAAGAUGUGCAUCUUAUGGGUAUUUUUUUCUGUUUAUGUCACGUACUGGAUGUCAGUUCAAAUCUCAUAUACCAUGCAAGAAGGAAGACAACUGUUUGGAUAAGACUGGCUUUGGGGAAGAUUAGCCUCUUGGCUUGCAGGCGAGAUUUUUACCUCUUGUUGGAUCAUAUAGGUUAAAACUGUGUUUUUAACUAUUUAAAAUUAACAUGAAUUUGUAUUUCUCUUAUGAUCUUUGUAGCUGGUCUUAUUCCUCUUUUGCCAAGCUUCUUUGAUC